AUGAAUGCAACAAAUGAAAAGAAAAGGAAAAGAAUAACAAAUUUAAAUUCUAUUAUUUGGUUAUUAUUGUCAUUUUUUUUGACAUGUGCUGAGGGAGUAGAUUAUUAUAAAAGAUUAGGAUUAAAACGAAAUGCAACAAAAGAAGAUAUUUCAAAAGCUUAUAGAAAACUAGCUAAGGAAUACCAUCCUGAUAUAGCCCCAGAUAAGGAAAAAGAUUUUAUAGAAAUUGCAAAUGCAUAUGAGACAUUAUCUGAUCCUGAAAAAAGGAAAAUGUAUGAUAUGUAUGGAGAAAAUUAUGCUGAAGCAUCUCAAGGGUUUGGAGGAGGACCAGGAGGUCCAGGAGGUGGGCCAGGUGGAUUUGGAAAUGGAUUUCCUUUUGAUCAGGAUGUUGUAAAUGAGAUAUUUAGACAAUUUGCUAGUGGAGGUCGAGGUGGAAAUUCAGGAGGUAAUUUUCAUUUCAAAUUUAGUUCAGGAGGAAAUAAAGGAUAUAAUAAUUCAGGACCAAGAUAUGGUGGUCGCCAUCCAUUUGAAGAAGAAUAUUAUGAAGAUAUAUAUAAAAAUGAAGUAUUAAAAAUAAAUAGUAAAAAUUCCAAUUCAAUAAUUGAUGAUAUAAAUUAUUCAUUACUUAUAAAUUUUUAUUCCUCUUCUAGUUCGGAAUGUAUAUCAUUUAAAAAAAUAUAUUUAAAGUUAUCAAAAAAAUAUGAUGGGUAUAUAAAUUUUGCAGUUAUAAAUUGUGAUGAAGAGAAAGCAUUAUGUAAAAAAUAUAAAGUAAGGUCAUUACCGCAUAUAAUAUUAAUUAAAAAAAAUAAAACAUAUGAAACAUUAUAUAGUAGUAAAACUGAAGAUAAUGUUAAGAAUUUUAUAAAUAAUAAUAUUCCAUAUUCAUUUACAGAAAUUAAAAAUAAAAAAAAUCUCGAUAAAUUUUUAACAAAAAGUGCAGAUAUACCUAAAGUUUUAUUUUUUAUAUCACAUAAAGAUAACAUUAUUAUGCUUAAAGUUUUAUCCAUGGAAUUUGAAAAAAGAUUAAAUAUAGGAAUUGUAUAUGAUACUAAUUAUACUAUUAUGAAAAUAUUUAAAAAAAGAAAUAUAAAAACACCAUCAAUAUUACUUAUUGAAGAUAUAGAUACUUUGGAAGGAGAUUUAACACAUUUAAAAACUGUUGAUUUUAACAUUUUAUCAUUAAAACUAAGUCACAUUGUUGCACAACAUAGAUUAAAAAAUAAUUUAUAUGGUCAUAUUACCUCAUAUCAAGAAUUAACCAAAAAAAAAUAUGAUUCGGGUCAUUGUAAUGAAAAAGAUUCACAAAUUUGUUUUUUUAUAUUAAAACUAUUAAAUCAAAAUUAUAAAAGCCUUGAUGAAGAUAUCAAAAAAGUAGCAACAAAAUUCUCAAAUGAUCCUUUGAAAAUUUUGUAUAUUAACAUUUUUAACCAACCACAUAUUCUUGAUUCUUUUGGAUUAACAAAUGAAUGCAAACAUCCGAAUUGCUUAAUUUUAGUUGCAUUCAGACCCAAAAGACAAAGAUUUAGGGUAUUUGAUGGAGAAGUUAAUUACAAUAAUGUUCUCAAUUUUGUCGAUAAUGUAGUUAGUGGAGGUUUGUCAAUUAAUCAAAACAUCAAAAAGGGAUUGAAUUUUUUGAAAAGCUCAUAUUAUGAUGAAUUAUAA